AAAGGCCUGGCCAACUCCUUACUGCCACCCGUCCCCAGGCACCACUGUCUAACCCAAGCCCCAUUUCAGACUCCACCAGAGUCCCACCUACCUGGAAGCUGCAGGGCUCUCCAUCCAGGAUCCAGAAGCAUCGAAGGGCCACUCGCCAGGACCGGCCACGGAAGGGAUUCUCAUCCCCAUCCCACUCCCCAUGAGGCUCCUGGCUUUCCUGAGUCUGCUGGCCUUGGUGCCGCAGGAGAUAGGGACAGCUUCUUUCUCAACGAAGGAGAGGAAGAGGAGAGAGGAGCAGGUGCCUGAGGAAGGCGAUGCCUCUGAAGUUCUGCCUCUGGGGAGCGACGUCCUGAGCCCAGACAACUAUGGUGAGGUCAUUGACCUAAGCAACUUCGAGGAGCUCACAGACUAUGGCGUCCAGCCCCCCGAGGUUAAGGUGACUAGCCUGGCUCCCGCAACCAGGAUCAGUCCCACCAAGAGCACUGCGGCUCCAAAGACACCCUCAUCAAACCCCACGAUGACCAGACCUACUACAGCGGGGCUGAUACUGAGUUCCCAGCCCUACCACGGCCUGCCCACCUGCCUAGUCUGCGUGUGCCUCGGUUCCUCUGUGUAUUGUGACGACAUUGACCUAGAGGACAUUCCUCCUCUUCCCGGGAGGACAGCCUACCUGUACGCUCGCUUCAACCGUAUCAGCCGUAUCAGGGCCGAAGACUUCAAAGGGCUGACAAGGUUAAAGAGGAUUGAUCUCUCCAGCAACCUCAUCUCCUACAUUGAUAACAAUGCCUUCUGCCUGCUGCAUGCCCUCCGGGACCUCAUCCUCCAAGAGAACCUGCUGGAAGCUCUGCCUGUGCUUCCCACUGGCAUUGAGAUCCUGGAUGCCCGCCUAAAUCGGCUGCGGAGCUCGGGAAUACAGCCUGCAGCCUUCAGGGCGCUGGGGAAACUGCGGUUCCUCUACCUCUCAGACAACCUGCUGGAUUCCAUCCCGGGGCCUUUUCCCCUGAGCCUGCGCUCUCUACACCUGCAGAAUAACCUGAUAGAGACCAUGCAGAGAGACGUCUUCUGUGACCCUGAGGAAGACAAAUACACCCGCAGGCAGCUGGAAGACGUCCGCCUGGAUGGCAACCCCAUCAACCUUAGCCUCUUCCCCAGUGCCUAUUUCUGCCUGCCUCGGCUCCCCGUCGGCUGCUACACCUAGCUCGGACCCCUUCCACUCAUCCCAGGCUCAGAGAACAGUAAUGUCCGCAGUGGCGCUCCUUUCCGUGUUCCCCAUCUCUCGUACCCACACAGAAUGCCAAGAAAGCCGUGGGAGAGGAAGAGGAGGAGGGGAAGAGGAGGAAGAAUAAGGGAAGAGGAGGAGAAGCCGUGAUGUGCUGGAGCCUGUUCUUACUCCUUGCAGAAACAGAUUAUUAAAUUUUCCAGAAUUUUGCAAGUCAGCUGUUAAACAUAGCCACUAUGAAA